CACUACGUAUGCUAGAAUUCAAGUAUUCAAGCUAGCGACCAGGCUAACAAAUCUAACAAGCAAGACUGAGCAUUUAGGUUAGGUAGCAAUCUACCUACAUGUCAGUUAGCCUGUUAGCUUGAGGUAAGUUAGUGUGCUAACAAAAUGUCAAAUAAACUAGUAUUCAGGAUAGAUAACAAGCUAACAACAUGUCAGCUAGACUAUACUAGGUACUAAGUGUAGAACAUGUGAGCUAUCAGGUUAGGUGCCACACUACAUGGUUACUAAGCUAGUAGAAUAUGGUUUGGUUGCCAAGUCGAAAAUAUGUUAGCGAAAAGCUUAAGCUUACAGGUUAGAUAUUUACUUAUAACAUGCUCACCAGACUAAUUCAAGCUAACAAUGUGUCAGCUAGACUUUGUUAAUUACCAGGCGAAGAACAUGUAAGCUAGACUAAAAGUAUUCAAGUUAGGUGCCUAGCUAAAACAUAUUAGCAAGACUGUGUAUUUAAAUUAGUUGACAGGCUAACAACAUGUCACACCCCAGUAUUCAGAAUACUAAGAGUACAGCAGUUUAUCUAGACUGCAAGAAUUUUUGGCUGUGGGUAUUCAAAUAAGGUAACUCGCUAACAUCUUUUCAGCUAGCCUAUUUUCACGCAAGACUAGAAGUAUUUGUCUCAGGAAACAAGCUAACGGCCAGUACGUAGUAGCCCAGUGGGCUCAGCUAACAAGCUACGGGUAACUAAAGAAAUUAAAAAGAUCCACGACUUAAAGCAUACUGUAAAAAAUAAUAAAGUUCUACACAGAUGAUAGACAAAUGGUCUUCCAAGGAAGAAUAAGGUGGCACACUUGUAAAGUUAACCACUAUUCUGACUCACCUGAGCUACUUAUCAGUCAGCAAAUGACUGAAAUACUGUUGUGGCACAGUAAUAUUCACAUCAAUUGAACUCUCACUGGUAGAAACAACAAAUUAAGGAACAUUCCUGCAGAACGCAUCACUCUCUCCCACACAUGUGCACACAUGUGGUCAAUACAGAGCCUACACAUGCAAACGCUUGGGGGCACAUGCAAACGCAUCAGGCACUUGGAAAACACCGCAGAACGCCACCACAGUUUAAGAUCUACAUGUGUGCUAUUAUUACGUUUCUAAUUUUAACUCUGUAUCUCUGGCUUUGACUAAUGAAUAAAAACGGUUCAAAAAAACCUCACAGGUAAAAUGUUCUGUGAAAGACGGUAGUUUCCAUGAAGGUCCGCAUUUCGUGCAUAUCUCAGAAAUGAGAUUACGGCUUUCAAAGACACCCAUAAAGUGAAUCCACAGGGGUCUGUCGGAGACAGUAGCAUUAAGACUGUGACUCAUUUCUUCUUUUCUAUAUUACAUGUGGAAAAUAUCAGAUUCUCGUACUUAAUUUCAGUCAUGAGUAAAAUGACAUGUACAUUUUCUCAAUGCUCGCCUUUAUCAUGAGUUCCUGCAUCAAGUUACGUAUAUUUGGAGCACAUGGGUAUUAGUGGGUUUGCACUGCAUGAUGCCUCUUUAAGUUAAGAUCUACCUACAUGCUCUUUAUUUUGGGGUUGAAAAUUAAAUCAUAGGUUUACAUAAGCUGAUACAUAUACAUCAACUUAAAUCCUAUGACAGUUAAUAGAAGCAAAAAAAAAAGCAAAUGAGUCAGAGUCACAUGUUAAUUUGAUAAAUUGGAUAAUUGGAGCUCUUGGAUAAGCUGACCCUUACAGGUCAGACUCAGAUUUGAGUCAGGGGAGGAGGAUGGAGAAUAGAUCCCCUCAAGUCCAGAGCCUGCUAUUUAAACUGGGGGAAACCUGUAAGAAGCAUGUGUUAUCUCUCUGUCAUUCAGUUUAAGAAGAACACAGCCUCACGUCAGAAAAAAAUUACAGGAUGCACUUCCUUGGAGCCUGUCUGUUCUUCUUGCUUGCGGGGGCUCCCGGGUGUUCAAGUCUUUCCACAAAAGCAGAAUCAAUUAAGAAUACAGUGAACCGCUUACAUAUUAUAGCUCAGAUAACCCUGCUGCACGUUAAAAAACUCAGGACAGAGUUGCCGCCGGCUCCACAGAUAAAACUCAGCACUCCCUCCAUUCAAGGGCUAACCAGCAUCAGUCACGACCUCGGACUCCUAACCGAUGAACUGCAGAGCAUCUUCACAGAGCCCAGUCAGAUCCAGACCGAUGUCUCCAGCUUGGAGGGGCUGGUGGGACACCUUGCUCGCACGAUGGACUGUCCCAUCCAAGCCAAACCCCAAGGACCCACCGGAGACGCUUUGUUCCCUCACACUCAAGUGUAUGUGACCCUGACGAAGGUGCAGCUCUACCUGGACAGCUUUCUUCUUCACAAGGACAAACUCAUGGUCUGCUGAGAAACUCACACUUACACCUCAUGUAUGUCACAUCAUCCAAAAACAGAGGCUUGUUUACACGAAAGCUAAAUGUAUUCAACAACAUAGCUACUCUUUGCACUUAAUAUUUUACUCACUAUUUAAAGGACGUGCAUGCAAAAAAUAACUCAGUAAUUAAGCUGUAAUGCUCUUUUUCUGGUAUCAAAGAUUUUUAGGCACCAGACUUGACUUGCAAGUGGGAGCUGUAGUUUGUUCUGAAAGGCACAUAUUUGAAAUGAAGCUAUAAUUAUUUAAAAGGUUUGAAUUAUAUCUUAAACUGGAUACAUUUUGGAAGCUACAUUUCUUUGAGUAAGCUAAAAGGUUUGAAACUUUAAAUAUCUUUCAGAUGCUGCAAUAUUGGUGUUCAAUUAUGUGGUAAUGGAAGGUGUUAAUUGAAUGUACAAUAGUAACGGUGCAUGGCUUGAGGUCUUUCAGUUUUUUAUUGACUGGAUGUAUAACUGUUGGCAAAAAUGAUGUUUGAGUUUGGAGCUGGAAGCUGAUUUUUUAUGAUAAAUAUUCAUUAAAGA